AUGGAACCCGAAACCGUACUUAAACAUCACGUCUUGCAAGCAACUAAAAUAGUUGAGGAUCAAUUAGAUGCCGAACUUGAAAAAUUAGAUCGUUUGGACACGGAUGACUUAAGAAAUCUACGAGAAAAACGUUUAAAAGAAUUAAAAAAAGAACAGCAAGACAAACAAGAAUGGCUUGCACAGGGUCACGGUCAAUAUUUACAACUCGAUAACGAAAAAGAAUUUUUUGAAUAUGUCAAAAUGUCGUCAAAUGUCAUUUGUGUUUUUUUUAAAACUUCAUCGCAGGCAUGCGAUAUAUUAGAACAUCACAUGAAAAUUUUAUGUACCCAACAUUUAGAAGCAAGAUUUAUGAAAAUCGAUGUUGAAAAAGCUCCCUUUUUAACCGGUCGACUCGGAAUUAGAGUCAUUCCAACAGUUGCACUUAUCAAAGAUGGAAAAGCUGUCGAUUAUAUUGUCGGUUUUACUCAAUUGGGUAAUUGUUAUGAGUUUUCAACUGAAAUGCUCGAAUGGAAAAUUGCUCAAAGCGGAAUAAUUAAAUAUUCUGGAGAUUUAUCUGUGCCUCCGGAUCAAAAGAAAAUUCAAUUGAAUACAUUAAUGGAACAAAAGAAAACUAUAAGGAGUUCAAAUAAUGCUGGUAACGAUUCAGAUGAUGAAUUUUUAAACAACUAA